AUGUGCCGGAAGAACUGCACCUUCUUUGGAUUCAAUGGUAAAUUGAUGAGAUGUCGCACCCACAAGAAGAUCUUCACAUCUGAAAUGUCGGAGGAGGCUGAUUGGAAAUAUUAUUUACACAAUUUACUUCCUAUAGAUUGUAAAGACUUCCGUGAAAAUGGUCACACUAAUUCAGGUGUGUACGAAAUUUAUCCCUAUGAGACCAGCUCCCGUCCUGUCAGAGUUUACUGUGACAUGGAAACAAUGGAUGGAGGAUGGACGGCCAUUCAAAAGCGAGUAAAAGGAUCUCUGAGAUUUGAUAGGAAUUGGACGGAAUACAAGAAUGGUUUUGGUUCACCGGAACAGGAUGUUUGGAUAGGAAAUAACGAAAUCCAUCAGUUAACAAAGAGAAAGGACUGCUCCCUCUAUGUUUCCAUCACACUAGUGAAUGGUACUAGUCUGUAUCAGUUGUACGAUGGAUUCACUGUUUCUGAUGAAUCAGAGAAUUAUAAACUUUCCCUGAAGGGGACUACCAGGGGAACCUUAGGUGACAGUAUAAGAAACACUCAUAUUCCUGGCCUCAAUGUGUCUGGGAUGUACUUCAGCACCUCAGACAGGGAUAACGAUAGACUUGGUGGUGAUAGCUGCGCUGUUUAUAAUGGGGGAGGGUGGUGGUUCAAUGCCUGUCACCAAGCUUUCCUCAAUGGUCCCUGGGCCUCACCCUACUGGAUUUAUGUAUGGGAUCCUAUUAUCAUGGACGGGACAGAAGUGAUGGGGACGCUGAUGCUCAUCAAACGUCAUUAA